ACGGAUGAACACGAGACCCUCCACAUCUAACCACCUGCCGUAGGCUCUGCUUUUUUUUUCACUUCCUUUAACUCGGCUGCUAUGUGACAUCGCCUAAAGUAUACAAGGCAGACAUUGGUGGGGAGCACAAAUCAGUCUCCAGGUCAGAUCUGAGACAGGGAACAGUUCUGGGAGGAAGCAGGAGUCCCACCAGAAUCACAGGCCUGGAAAGGUGCUGCUGCUGCCAGCCUCAGAUGCUGCUGCCCUCUGGUGGUCGCCGCUUGCCCUGCAGCUCGGACCACGUGAUUUCUAGGAAACGCGCCUCCUAGGAGGAGAACUGAAACCUAGGGUGGGGAGUACAGAAAGGGGAGGAGAGAUCAGAAACUGCCUAGAACGAGCUGAGCCUGGGACAAGCACUCGUCGCCCAGAAUGGCCUCGGGCAAAGCACGCUGUACCCGAAAGCUCCGGAGCUGGAUAGUGGCGCAGGUGGAGAGCGGGCAGUUCCCGGGGGUGUGCUGGGACGAUGAAGCCAAGACCAUGUUCCGGAUUCCCUGGAAGCACGCAGGCAAGCAAGACUUCCGAGAGGAGGACGCUGCCAUAUUCAAGGCUUGGGCAGAGUUUAAGCAGAAGCACAAGGGGGGGGACAUAGGCAACCCUGCCGUCUGGAAGACUCGUCUGCGCUGUGCCCUCAACAAGAGUCCUGAAUUUGAGGAGGUUCCCCUCAGAGGCCGCAUGGAUGUCGCCGAACCGUACAAAGUCUAUCGGAUACUGCCACCAGGAACCCUCCCUGCCCAACCAAGAGCCCAGAAAUCAUCAAAGCGACGUCUCAGUUCCGAGUCACCUGAGAGGGAAGAGAGCAAGGAGAAGGGGAGAACCAAUGGGACUGUGAGCCACUCAGACAGCGACAGUUGCGACGCCGGCAGCAGUGGAAACAGCUGCAGCAGUAGCAGCAGCAGCAGCUUCGGCAGCAACAGCGGUGGCACUAGCCCUGAGCUGGAGGAAGCAGGUGCCCGCACAACUGAAGACACCAUGCAGGAUGACUCAGUGUUCUUGGAGCAGCAGCUUUCUGAGAACUCAGACUUCUCUCUGCGGCUCACCUUCAUCUACAGUGGGCGUGUGGUGAGCGAGGUCCAGGUGAACAGCCUCGACUGCCGGCUGGUGGCUGAUCCCUCAUUCUCGGACAGAACCAUGCUGCAGGUGCUGUUUCCCAAACCUGACCCACCAGAGCCUACCCAGCACCUGCUCAGUCAGCUUGAGAGAGGCCUCCUGGUGGCCAGCAAUUCCAGAGGCCUCUUCGUUCAACGCCUUUGCCCCAUCCCCAUCUCCUGGAAUGCACCUGAGGCCCCGCCUGGGCCUGGGCCUCACCUGCUGCCCAACAACAAGUGUGUGGUGCUCUUCAAGACCACCUCCUUCUGUAGAGACUUGGCGCAGUACUGCCAGGGCCAGGGCCCACCCCCCAAGUUCCAGGCAACACUGCAUUUCUGGGAGCAGAGCCCUGGCUCCAGCCAGACCCAAGAAAAUCUCAUCACAGUGCAGAUGGAGCAGGCCUUUGCCCGACCUUUACUGGAGAAGAUUCCAGAGGAGCAGAGAGCCACCUUGUUCCUGGUCCAGAACCCAGCACAGCCACUUGGUGUGUUAGCACUGUGAUAUUCGGGUCUCCACGGAAACAGACUUGUUCUCCACACCGUCAGUCUGCCUGUUUUGUGAUGGAUUUUAUCACUGUGGGUUAUACAAGAUGGCUGAUAGAAAGCACAAGUAUAAUUUUUAUCCUUAAAAAAUUAUUUUGAGCCAGGCACAGUGGCGCAUACCUGUAAUCCCAGCAUUCUGGGAAGCAGAAACAGGUGGAUCACUGAGUUUGAGGCCAGCCUGGUCUACAAAGUCCAGGACAGCUAAGGCUACACAGAGAAACCCUGUCUCAAAAAAACAAACAGGAAAAAAAAUUAUUUUGAGAGCCAGGCUUGUUGGUGAAUAUUUGUAAACUCAGCACUUGAGAGAUAGACCAAAUGAUUAUGAGUUUCAAGAACAAUCUAAAGGAGAGCAAGAGGACUAAAAACUCUGGGCCCAGGAGUCUUUUCUAAGGCAGAUAUUCCAAACAAGGACCAUUCAUGGAGAUAACCUAGAACCCCUGCACAGAUAUAGCCAAGUGGGUACCCUAGUAAGGGGAACAGGGACUGUCUCUAACAUGAACUCAGUGGCAGACUCUUUGAUCACCUCCACCUGAGGGGGGAAUAGCCUUACCAGGCCACAGAGGAAGAUAAUGCAGACAAGCCUGAUGAGACCUGAUAGGCUUGGGUCAGAUGGAAGGGGAGGAGGACCUCCCCUAUCAGUGGACUUGGAAAGGGGCAUGGGAGAAGAUGAGGGAGGGAGGGAGGGUGGGAUUGGGAUGGAAUGAGGGAGGGGGCUACAGCUGGGAUACAAAGUGAAUAAACUGUAAUUAAUAUAAAAAAUUUUAAUUAAAAAAGAACAGCCUAAGAGACUUUAUAUAUACACUCACACCCUCUUUCAUCUCUAAGGAACUAGAAAGUUCCAAAUGCUGUGAUCUCGAGGGGAAUUUUUCUCUCCUCUCAGUCCCUAAAGUCUAAGUCCAGGCACUUUAUAUUUUCUUCCUAGGUCCUCAGCAGAAUUUUAAAUAAAAUGUAGGUGGGUGGGGUAGCACACACUUGGCACAUUUGAGGCAGAGGUGGGAAGAUUGUGAAUUCAAGGCCAGCCUGCCAUAUUGUGACCCUGUCUCCAAAAAAUAAAUAAAAGCUUACUAAGAGAGA